AUGUCUGCAUCCCAUCGUGGCACGACAGCGCGGCAGAGUGCGUUGAUUGAUGAGUUCGCCGAAAUUAGUGGCACUAACGAGGAGGUUGCAGCAUCAUAUUUACAGCGUUCUCAUUGGUCUCUGGAGUGUGCUUUGGAUAUGUUCUAUCGAGAUGGGGCACCGGGGGCAGGAUCUUGUAAAAGCUCGAUGAACAUCGCCACUGGUAUGUUAAGGCCUAAUAGGAAGCUGAUCCUUCUGGACGUUAUCGGUCCCAUCGUUCUCUGA